AUGGAUGGCAGACUCACAGACAUCUUCUCUGGCUUCGGGGUCAAUAUUAAUUUUGUUCCCACAGUAAAAAGACCAGUCAUGGACCAGAUAUCAUCUUCAUCUCCACCAGUCACGCAACAUCAACACCAACAAACAUCUGAGGACUCAACGUCUAAAUUUGUAGCCCACCUGCAGGGUUGGACCGGACCUGCUCUGUUUCCUCUGUCAGACCUGAAAGGAUCAGAGCUUGAUGUGUUUCUCCCAGGCCUCUGGGUGACGCUACACGUGAUCUGCAUUAACACAUUUGUGCUCCACACUCUGCAGAGCCAGGGCUCAGGCAGGCAGGUCCACCUGACAGAGUUCACCAGGACUCUGGCCUCUCAGCUGACCGUGGACAGCAGUGUCACUGUGCCUGUUUUGCCACGGCUAAACAGCAGUUCAUACCAAGAGACAAGCUUACCAAAUGUUUCUAAGCAAAGGUUAGUUACUGUGUCUUAUGGUGAAUACAGAGAUAUGAAGCUGCAGGGGUGGAACACACCAGGAGUGUGUGGUUUGGACAACUCCGGAAACUCCUGCUACUUAAAUGCUGUGUUACAGUGUCUGUGUUCCACUGUGCCCCUUGUGGAGCACCUCCUUAAUCAGGACACUCGCAAAGAGCUGGCAAAGUCUAAGUGCCGGGUGGCAGAGGUGUUUGUCCGCCUGCUGGAGGAGAUGUGGCUGGGAAGAAACUCCAGUUGUGCCCCUGUGGAGGCCAGGUCUGUGCUGUGCUCCAUCCUCCCUCAGUUCAACAACAACUCCCAACAAGACGCCCAGGAACUGCUGCUCUUUCUCCUUAAUGCACUCCAUGACAACCUCAAAAAGGUUGCAAAGCGCCAGAUGCGUUCCUCAAUACGACAGCCGAGACAAAACCAAAAUAGAAACUGUGCCACUGCAGCGGGAGACUCAACCAUUGUCUCACAUCUGUUUGAGGGCCAGCUGAGCUACAUGAUCCUCUGCAUGCACUGCAAUCACCAGGCACACAGCACACAGACCUUCACUGUACUGUCCUUACCGAUUCCAACAGACAUCAUUAAGUGCUCUAUUCAGGAUUGCCUGUCGCUCUUCUUCGAGCAGACCCUCCUGACCGGGGGAGAGCAGAUGCUCUGUUCAGUAUGUGGUCUGAAGAGAGAAACGGCAGUCCUGACUUGUUUGGACAAGCCACCCGAGAUCCUCCUGCUGCACCUGAAACGGUUUGGUUGUAAGGGGAAGAACCAGGUGAAACUAAGGACAAAUGUUGUGUUCUCCAUGAAGCUCGACCUCACCCCAUUUCUAUCCACCUCAGUACAGAACACCUCAUAUUCUUCAUACCGCCUAUAUGCUGUUGUGAACCAUGCAGGUCACCUGAACAUGGGUCACUACACAGCUCUGUGCCACAACGUCCUGACGAGGACCUGGCACUGUUUUGACGACUCGGCUGUCAGAGAAGUUCAGGACAGCUUUGUGCAAUCACCAAAUGCGUACUUGCUGCUCUACAGUCGCAGGCCUUUCCAAAAGCCAAAGAUCCAUGGACUCUGA